AUGCAUUUUAAAAAGUAUACUCUUUUAUUAUUGAACAGAGGCUUUUAUCAACUCCCAAAAGCGACACUUAGAAUAAGAGGCUUUAACUCCUUCGUUAUGGCAGCAAGAAAUAUGAAGAAUUCCAACAAUUGCUCCGGACGUUUAAUGGAGCAAGAAGGAAAGCAAAGUAGAGGUUUCGGUAGAGUUGCAACCUCUAAGGUUUUUGUUGUAUUCGUCAUUUCUCUAGUCUGCUUCUUUUUCAAGAACACCCUCAUCGUCGAAAAUGAAAAGGAAGUUAAUGUAUUGCAAGUGCACAAUCCUCUUUCAAGAAAGUUGGGUGAGUCUUCCUUGAGAGGCUCAAUGAACGAUGAUUCCGCAGACUCUUCUGCCUCUGAGAAAAAGCAGAAGAGAUACUUCCAAAAAAAAUACGAAAAUUAUGAUAAAGUUGUACAGGAGUUAAAUGAAAAAUUCAAGAACGAGAACGAAAGGAACGAAUCCGAAAACGACGAAUGA